CAAAAUAACUGAAAAUUCUGAUAAUGAUAUGGCUUCUCCUAUUGUUUCAUCUAAUACUCCUAUACCAAAAACAAUUUGGUACAAAGGUUCUCCUGCUACUCUCAAAGACCACUUAGGUAAUUUAUGUAAUAACAUGCCACUGGAUGCUUAUGAUCUAUUUUUAAACCAGUUAGCAACAAAGGCACUUGAAGUUGAUAUAUCAAAAUCAAAGAAACGAAAACUUGGCAAUCUGUCAAAUCAAGCAUAA